CUACCGAUAUUCAUUCAAUCUAUCGCGGCUGAAAAAACAAACGAGUGAAAAACAAGAAGCCCAACUCCUACCACAAUUCCGGAAACAAAACGAUUCUCUCCUUUUUUUUUUCUCCCCACCGCCACCGCCGCCGUCUCGUCUCGUCGCGCCACCGACGCCCUGGAUUAUUGAGGAACUAGAUCAAGCCCUCCGUCUAGAUCCGCUGGACGUCCCCUUUUCGCUUCACCAAGACUCGGAUCCCCGGGCUUUGGAUUUGCUCAACCCGCUGAUCGACUCUGUGUUUUAACCGAAGAGAGUUGGAGCGAGAGGAAGGUCGCGCCCUUCGUUGGAGCAUGGCCGCCUCCGUUGGCUCUCAGCACCGAUGCGUCUUCGUUGGGAAUAUUCCCUAUGAUGCCACGGAGGAACAGCUUAUCCAGAUAUGUGAGGAAGUCGGCCCUGUGGCGUCUUUCAGGUUAGUCUUUGAUAGAGAAACUGGGAAGCCUAAAGGAUAUGGCUUUUGUGAAUAUAAGGAUGAAGAGACAGCUCUCAGUGCUCGGCGAAAUCUCCAAGGCUAUGAGAUAAAUGGUCGUCAGUUAAGAGUUGAUUUUGCUGAAAAUGAUAAAAAUGCUGACCGAAGUAGAGAACAGGGUCGUGGUGGACCAGGGUUGGCAUCAAGUGCAGAUGUUCAAAAACAACCUGCUGGAGCCCCUAAUUUGAGUGAUUCAUUGCAUCAACCAAUUGGCUUCCCUUCAGCUGCAACUGCUGGCAAUGUCAUGGCAUCAGCUUUAAGUGGUGCUCAGACUUCCAACGCACAAAAUGUGUUACAUAGUCAAUCUGGAAUGGGAAAUGAUCCCUUGACUCACUAUCUGUCUAGACUUUCUAGACAACAAUUGCUAGAGAUUAUGUCGGAAAUGAAGACCUUGACUACUCGAUGCAAGCCACUAGUGCGACAAUUUCUACAAUCAAGCCCUCAAUUAACAAAAGCUCUCUUUCAGGCACAGAUAAUGCUAGGCAUGGUUACACCUCAGACGAUUGCUGGUAUUGGACAGACUUCUUCACAGGCACUAAGUGGACAGUUGUCCAAGGGAUCUGAAAAUCAGCUUCCCGUUACAUCACACACUUCUGGAAACCUCCAACAGGCUUUAUUACCUCUUCAACAAAUACAAGUUCAACCUCAAUAUCAGCUACCACCAUUGCCUCAAAACCAAGUAUUAGUGGUCAAUGCAGCAGAUAAAACUGGAGUCAUUGCAGUACCAUCAAGAUGGCCUCAAUCUAUUGGCAGUGUUCCAGUCCAACCUCAGCAAAUAUUGCAGAGGCACCCCCCUCUUCCCCAAUUGCCAGUGCCCACUGCUGUUGCAAGUCUAGCUCAUAACACUCCUCUAGCCCUUCCAAAUAUGCAUCUGCAACAGUCAAACUUAUCACAUCUUACUUCUCAGCCUGGCUUGUCGAGUGGUCCAGUGCAAGUUUCAACAUCAUCUGGUGUACAGGGUUCUACCUGGCCUUCUGUAUUGAAAAAACGAGGUUUAGAUGUGGGGUUAGCAGAUCAAACCCGAAUGUCAGGCAAUUUGUCAGAACAAAAUACUUAUCCCGUAAAGUUCCAAAAGUUAGAGGAUCAAACUGGUGCCACCCAAAAAGUUAGUAAUCCUGCAGUUAAUGCUGCUUCACUUCAAAAACUUGGCACUAGCGCUGCAACUAGGAGCCAGGUCACCCCAGAAAUAGUCCAUUCACAGAAACCAACGCUUCAGCUUUCGUCCGAUGUAGAAUCUGCUUUAUUGCAGCAAGUACUUAGUCUAACACCAGAACAGCUGAGUUCGUUAUCUCUAGAGCAGCAACAACAAGUUAUUCAUCUCCAAAAGAUGUUAUCUCACAAAUAGUGCACAAGAAGGAAAAAAAAAAAAAAAUCAAUCAACAUAUCUUGUUCCGUGUUAUUGGUGAUGAUGAUUCUUCGAUUUGUAUUGUGUUGAAGAGGAAAACAUAAGGAUCUGCCACCACCUUCAAGUGAAAGGAUUUACUUCCUUAACAGCCAUGUAACAAUAGUUCUUAGAUUCAUUUGGUCAAGUGUUUUUGAGCCACUUGUGUUUUAAAAAUGUUUAGAAGAUAAAGAAAAAGCCAUUCUUUCA